AUGGAAGCCAGGGAAUUUGGUCUAACCAAUGAAGAAAGUCCAAUUGCCACCAGCAGAAUAGCGAUGGACAUUGCCAUUGCUGCUGUAAGUAAACGAGAUCUACUCGGCUUUCGUAGUGGUCUGGUGCUGCCGGGGAUGCUAAAAGAGGCUGGAUUCUCUGAUAUACGAUGCAAAGUUUAUAAGGCACCACUUGGCGCUUUACGCGCAUUUGGGAAGGUUUUGAUCGCUGAAGGAGGUCUCGGGCUGUAUGACACACAAUCGGAAGUUGACCGAGUGAUCGAUCGAACAACGGAGGAAUGGAACGAAACCUCUGGAGUGUUCAUUGAUUUCUACACAAUUACGGCCAGAAAGUACUCGUAG